AUGGCCGCUACCGCAGCGGGUGAGUCGUGCUGCAGCGGUGCGAAACGCAGCGACGAGCCGUCGGUUCAGUCCCGGGAGAUCAUUAAACCCUCUAUAACGGAGCUGACUAAAGUGCGGACCAAUAUCCUGUGUACGGUGCAAGGAUGCGGCAAAAUCCUCCCCAACACCCCGGCGCUCAACAUGCACCUCGUCAAGUCCCACAGAGUCCAGGAGGGUAUCGUCAACCCUACGGUACGAAAGGAUAUGAAGGGUUCACAGAAGCUCUACUGUUGUCCGAUAGAGGGCUGUCCAAGAGGACCCAACAGGCCUUUCUCCCAGUUUGCACUGGUUAAGCAGCAUUUUAUGAAGAUGCACGCAGAGAAGAAGCACAAAUGCGUAAAGUGCAGCAAUGGUUACAGCACAGAAUGGGACUUGAAGAGGCAUGCCGAGGAUUGCGGAAGGACCUACAGUUGUACGUGCGGUUGUCCGUACGCAAGUCGAACGGCACUGUUGUCGCACAUCUACAGAACUGGUCAUGAGGUUCCCAAAGAGCAUAGGUAUCCGCCCGUCAAGAAAAGAAAAAUGGAGAAACUAUCUCGCGGUGCAACAAAACUUGAGACUAAUGGACAAACUUUUGAAAUGGAAGUCACAGAAGGAGCAGUUCCUGCUGAAGGUGCAUCCCACACUCCAGAUUUACCACAACACCACCCUGUCCAUUCUAAAAACCUCCAAAAGCUACUCCUGCCCAUGCCUAAAAUGUCUUUGGUCAAUGUCCCCGUGAUGCAGCUGGCACACUUGCCUGUCCUUCUCCCGCCAGCAGAGAGUGGCGCUUUGAUGUCCGUGGUCUUGACGGUGGACGCGCAAGGGUCCGUGAGUACCUUGCAUUUCAUGCCUCAGUCGCUUGGGGCAGUGGUACCUCCGUUAAACAAUAAAAGUUUCAAAGAAACCAUGCCCGUUUCCAGAGCUAACCUGGAUGCCAUCAGUACAGGGAUCCAAGUCAAUCUAGAAAACCUGGUCUCAGUUGAUGAACCCGUUAACGAUUUGGGAUCGAGAAGUAAAAGCACCUCAACCAACAUUCAAACAGAUAUCUCAUUCCUCGGUAAGGGAUCUGUCGGAGGAGUCAAUAUCGGUCCCCCGAGUGAGGCUUCGGUUUCCUCCGGUUCUCAAACUGACAUUAGUGUGAGCGCCCAGAUCCAGCUACCGGUCAAUGUGCAAACUCAGACGUUCCCCUUGAGGUCCAAAGUCACAUCUUCCAUUGGGGCACAAACUGAAUCUCUCAGUCAGAUACCUUUCCCUUCUGGUAACACAACGAGGGAAACUCAGACAAGUUGCUCCCCAGCAGCUUCGGUAAAUAAGACCCAGAUGGACCAAGCUAUAAUGUGCGCAAAUCUUUUCGAUUCCGAUAUGCUCAGCGUCUCUACACAGACUACCGUACAUGGUGGACCUUUUGGCGCCAGCGAUCUUGAUCCCAUGAGCACAGGAUCAGGAUAUUUUGAAGACAAAACCGCACCAUCCUUGUGCUUUGGAGCUCAGAGAGACAUUUUACACCAAAACACGGUAGCCGACAAUCAGACUCAGACGAUGAACCUUUUCAGUGAUCUGGAGAACAUCCUUUCUGAAGGCAUGGCGAGUGGAGCUCAAAGCUGUGGAUCGGGCCUGGUUCCAGUGCAAGAGCAGCACACGGGUAUCGAUUUUGACUUCGAGGAUUUCCUCAACGCGACUCAUAUUCAGACUCAGACAGACGAGAGUGCCUUAGGAGGCCUGAGCUCGGAGACACCCCUGGAGCUCCUCGACAUUGAGACGCAAACCGACUUCCUCCUGCUUGAUAACCUCGGGGAUAACCAUCAUAGUGAUGUUGGCACCGGGGUCCAAACGAGCGAUCUUGAGCUGGAGAUGUUUGACACGCAAACCCAAACAGAUCUGAACUUUCUUCUUGACCACAGUAGUCACAUGUCCCUGGGCAGCAUCCUAAGACACUCCAGCUUCAACAUGAGCACCGAGUCCUCAGACACCGAGACCCAGACCGACACCAGGGCUCCUCCUCCUCCACUGCCUCUGCCCCUGUCCUGUUCCAAUGAUGGACAGAUCAGACUUAGCAGCACUGAAACCCAGACAGUCUCCAGUCCCUCCAGCCUAGGCCACCUUUUCUUAACCAGCAAUGAGACACAGACAGUCAUGGAUGAUUUCCUGUCAGCAGACCUGGCUUGGAAUAUGGACUCCCAUUUCAGUUCGGUGGAAACCCAAACCGGUGAAGAUCUCCUGUCUUUUUUUCAGCACUCGGACAAAGCCAUCAGCUGAGCUCUCUACCAUUCUAGCUCGUCUGUAGUGGAUGUGACGUAGGCAACGUUACGAAGGAACUGUUUCUGAUGACCCGCCCAGAGGUGGAUGCUUCGGGGCAGCAGAUGGAGUUCUCCCAACCGCUCAUCACCAUAAGGGGCUCAGUUUGGAAGGCAUUUGUGGCAAUUGAGCUCACUUGUAGUUAUUCAGCAUCUUGAGUCAUUCCACUGCAAGUAGUCUCAAAGCUCAAAGAACUUUCAGUAGCCCUAUUCGGACAGGAUUAGGUUUAGGUUUACAUACAAGACCUAAAUUCUUUGCAUCAUUUGCCCUUCUCCUUUUAUUUCCAGACUGGCCACGUUGGUAUUUUUUGAUCAUUUUAGUUUUACUGCUACUCCCUAAUAUUUAGUCACCUAGUCUGCGUGUCUUUUUCCUGAAACAUGAACAGAUGUAUCCUCUCUCAACAACAUAUUUGCUACGAGUCGUAUAACUUAGUCUCCGUACUCUCUACACUCAGAGUGCAUUAGCAGAAGAAAUACAAUAACCUAGAAAAGUGUGAUCCUGAAUUAAAGGCCAAUUAAAAGAGCUGUUAUAACGUCAGCUGCUUCUGUAAACCACUUUAUAUACAGUACAUAUAUUACACAAUAUCAUGCGAAUUUAGUUUUAAAGUAGGGGUGUGAAUCUCCCUCUUUCCCUCAGCACCGAUAUGAUUCGACUGAGGUCUGAUGUCUGAUCCAAUCUGACUCCGUUCCAAAUUAAACUGAAAUGUAAGAUUUCCACCCUGGGGAAAGAGUUCAGGACGGAGGAAUUCUUGGUGACAUUUUGUUUUAUUAACUUCAAGAAAGAGGCAAAAACCGAAGGCCAGUGAGGGAGAGUAACAGGAUGAGUGAUAACAGGAACAAGUUUGUGUACAAGGUGGGGUCCAGAAAUUCCCAGAAUUGUUAACAACAACAAAAAAAAACUAGUAUUCUAAAACUUUGAGCAUUUCUCAUUGAAUCCCCUUCGAAUCUGGCGAAUGUGGUAGUCAUUUCUGAUUAAAAACUCCUCGGUUGACGAGCUCCAAUUCUGGGUGCACCAGUUCUCCAGAUGUUUUUUUUUUUUUUUUCCCGUCACUCGAGAGACCGAGACUACGUCGAGCGCGGGCGCCACGUUCCAAUUCCACGGAUUUUUGGAUCUUCCCUCGUACGUUCCACAACAUGAGAUGUAGCUAUAAACAAAUUAGAAAAAAAAUCAGUUUAUAGCCUUUUGUUUAUAGCUAUAUCUGUUUAUAGCUACAUUAUGUUUAUACACCCCCCACCCCCCCACCCCCCCCCAAAAAAAAAAAGAGAACACAUACGAAACAGCCUUGAGAGAAAUUAAAUUUGAUGUAUAGGAUCAUAUGACACAGUAUAGGAUCACAUGACCAUGAGUGCCCCAGUCGCACCUGGACGCAAAAGGAGACGCGUAAAGAAGUUACCGCGGACGUCCCGCGAAGAAACUAACCCGGUCUAAAUAGGGCUUUUAGCUGCACUUUAUCAUUUCAUAGCCGUCAUUCGACUUCUCCUUUAACGUGUUUGCUUUUAUUUUGCACAUUUGUUCAGCACUCUUUCUGUUUGGAAAAUGGUCUGUUGUGUGUUUUUUUUUUUUUUUUUUUUAAUUUCCGUUCGAACAGAGUAUAUCAUUUUUCGGCGAUGAUGAUCGUGCUACUAUGUAGUCGUGAAUUUACAGUGUGGCGCAAGUCUAAAAUCAUUAACUGGAAUGAUGUUCAUCUAAAAUCAGAUUUCUUUGUGAAAUUUGUAUAUUUUCUUGUUUGGCUGCACUGUAAGGAUAUUUUUGCGUUGUGCUUAAUUAUUAUUAUUAUUAUUAUUAUUAUUAUUAUUAUUAUUAUUAUGUUUACAUUUGUUAACUUGGUUUCUAAUUGUUCAAAAGAGAUGUCUGUUAUUGUAUUUAAACAAUUUUGGUUCUCACGGAUAUUUUUGCUCCGGCUACAGCGGAAUAUUAUGUCGUAACGCUCAUAACGGUUUAAAUUAUUCUAAUGUAUGCAUAUUUAUGCAUGUCGCAAAUAUCGGUGACCUUUAAGAGUUGAGCUCGCUACGCUAUUAUUAUUAUUAUUAUUAUUAUUAUUAUUAUUAUUAUUAUUAUUAUUACUACAAUGAUUUGCAUUCUGUACUGUGAGUGAUCCGACAUGCAAAUCGCAGUUGUUUACAGCAAGAUGGAACCUUUAACGAAAUAUAUUCACAGGAAGCAUGUAACGUCUCCCCGAAUGUAGGCGUUUUCACUUUAAGCACUACUUGCGCUCCAUGAUUAGCUUUCGUGCCGGUGCCUUAAUUUAAACGGUAAAUAUAAACACAUCUGACGUAAAGCUAUUUAUUUCGAAAGAGCUCGCGGACCUUUUUUAGCCCUGUCCUUCUUCUGCUCUUUCCGUCUUUCUCUUUCCGAACACCCUGUAGUGUAUUUAUUUGCGCGUUUAUUCGUCAUACUGCACUCCGUAAACACGUUUCGCCUGCCAUCGCGUCGUCUUAUUUCAGUAUUUAUCACAUAACAUAACACGGUUCGCCCCGCCCGCUUUUGGUCCGUCUUUCAUUCAUAUUUAUAUUUAUGAACCGAGCUUUCCGCAAGCAACAGAAUGUAAAUGUCACCGUGUCGUGUUGUAACCGAAAGGUUCUCAGCCAAGGCCGACAUUCGCAUCCGGACACUAUAUACUCUAGCAGGAACGAACGCAAGCAUAUCGUCGUAGGUUACUUGAAAUUGUCCGUAUACACUCUUGGUUUUCGGAAGAGCGUGCAUGCAGUCCUGGUUGUGCCAAGAACAUGUCUUGAGUUCAGUUACAUUUGUUUUGGUUGUUGUUGUUGUUGUUGUUUUUUCUUCUAAUAUUAAAAAUGUCUUAAGUUGGUCACGUGCGUUCUUUAGGGUUUUUGACGUAUAAGAUGAACCCUGUAUCGUUUGGUCGUUUAGGCUAGGCUGCAGCAGUCGCUCAAAAUAAAAUUCUGUCCAGAACAAUUA